CGUCUGACAUAUUAGUGUCGUUUCCAAGUUUCCAUAAAGUUCAUCAUGAGUUUAAUGGAAGUCCCCCUCUUCUGUUCCAUCUCAACUGGGUAUACCGUUUAUCUCGUCCAUGCGAACAAUCAAAAUGGUUUUUAUUGUCGUCAAAGUGCAGUAUCUCUCUCUCUCUCUCCCAUAAUGGUGCAAUAUGCACUCUGCAAGUUUAAAUCUCUUCGAAAACACGUGCACAGAUCUAUUUAGAGAGGAACCCGAGCCUUUAAACCCCCGCUUGAACGCCUUAUCCCCAGAGCGUGCUCAUCCCACGGAAGACUCAACAUUUUGUUUUUCAACACCGCUCCAUUUCAACUGGGGGUUUUCCUUUACAUUGUUACUGUUCACGUGUUUCUGUGGACUACUGUUUACUCUCUAUCGAGACAACAUUGAUACAACAGUUUUCGUGAUUUCUCCAGCUGUAGAAUCGUAUCUGUGUAACUAACAAAAUAUCAACAUGAUCUGAAGUAGUGGAACUUGAAUUUAAAGAUUUUAAUUCCUGAGACAUGUUCGUGACAGUAAAAUACGGAGACGAACAAACUCGCCUCUUUAAUGCCAAUUGCAGAAACGAUGUACUUCUCCAACAUAUCAAGAAGCGGUGUGACUGUCAUAGGGAGGAUAUCGUGGAACUGUCAGACGAGAAAGGAGUGGUGAAACAUCUAAGAAACUAUCCCUAUGACUACGGAAUAGAUCAUCUUAGAGAACGAGAGACGCUGAUUCUGCUCAAAGUAGAUGGAGGCUCUUUUGCCGACGAGAAUGAAUCUACAAUGGGGGACAGACUUACUUACGUUCCACUCCUUACCAGCAUGGAAGGCAACCAAGAAUUUUUGGAGCUCAUUAACCCAAGGCCACAGUCGCGAAAAGGGUCAGCGCGUGAGGACGAGCGACGCGCGAAAACGAAAGGCGGGAAAUCUGCUCCUUCCACCAAACGACAGUCUUCUAAAUCUGGCACGAAGAAGGCAUCCUGACACCUUACGGUUCUCUUUUUUUUUUGGUGUAGUGUAAAUGGUUGUGUGUAUUUGUAUAUUUGUGUUAAAAAGUAAAUUAUGAGGAAAC